AUGGGUGGAGUGUUUGCGAAGAUGUUCCAAAUGUUCGGUAAGAAGGAAAUGAGGAUCCUUAUGGUGGGCCUGGACGCUGCUGGGAAAACCACUAUUUUGUACAAGCUCAAGCUCGGGGAGAUUGUCACCACCAUUCCAACAAUAGGUUUUAAUGUGGAGACGGUGGAGUACAAGAAUAUCAGCUUUACGGUGUGGGAUGUAGGCGGUCAGGAUAAGAUUCGGCCACUGUGGCGUCAUUACUUCCAGAACACACAAGGUCUCAUCUUUGUGGUAGACAGCAACGACCGUGAGAGAGUCACUGAGGCUCGCGAAGAGCUCAUGAGGAUGUUGGCGGAGGACGAACUGCGCGGUGUUCUGCUCCUGGUUUUUGCUAAUAAACAGGACCUGCCCAAUGCCAUGAAUGCAGGUGAGAUCACAGACAAGCUGGGUCUUCACUCCCUGCGCGAUAGAAAAUGGUACAUCCAGGCUACUUGCGCCACCAAUGGUGACGGUCUGUAUGAGGGACUGGACUGGUUGUCCAAUGAGCUCAAGAACUCUAGGUAG